CCAAGCCCUUUCUUCAUAUAUCAUAUAUCCCUCACUACUACAUCAAAUACUCUAAGCCAAAAGAGAAACCACUAUUUUUCCACAAAAACAAAAAGAAAAAAAAAGUUUUUGAGUUUGAUCAUAUACACACCCUUAUGGAGAAAGAAGGUCUUGGACUUGAAAUCACGGAGCUAAGGUUGGGUCUACCCGAGAGUGUGGUGAACAAGAAUGAGAAGAAGAGGGUGUUCUCGGAAAUUGAGGGUGUCGGAGACGAAAAUAGCUCCUCCGGCGACCGGAAAAUGGAGAAGAAGAAUGAAGUGGUGGGGUGGCCUCCGGUGUGCUCAUACCGGAAGAAGAACAGCAUCAACGAAGCUUCGAAAAUGUACGUGAAGGUUAGCAUGGACGGUGCUCCAUUUUUGCGUAAAAUCGACCUUGCUAUGCAUAAGGGUUACUCCGAUUUAGCCUUCGCUUUGGAAAAGCUCUUUGGUUGCUAUGGAAUGGUGGAAUCGUUGAAGAAUGCGGACAACUCUGAACAAGUUCCCAUUUAUGAGGACAAAGAUGGUGACUGGAUGCUGGUUGGAGAUGUCCCAUGGGAAAUGUUUAUCGAAUCAUGCAAGAGGCUGAGGAUUAUGAAGAGAUCAGAUGCAAAGGGCUUCGGUCUUCAACCAAAAGGAUCUUUAAAGGGAUUCAUAGAGAGCGUGGCAAAGUGAAAGAUAUGACACGAUAGGCUUCUAAUUAAUGUUGUGCACGUUUUGAAGAUAAUCAAUCCAAAUUAAUUUAUGCUGUUGUUGGUUUUUCUUUUAUAUAUAUAUUUGAGCUAAAUCAUGCCUUUUUAGUUUGAUAUAUGAAUCGGACUUCUGUUUAUGUUAAGUUUUACUGAAGGACAUACAGGACCCUAUAUAAUUAAUAGGGAAAACCCAUCAUUUUAGAUCAAUGCUUUGCCAUAUUUGUUUAUUUGCUGUUCAUUGCAGUACAACUUAUUGUAUUAGUAUAUUUUUGGUUACUGAUUCCAAUUUGUUAAUUACUUCA